AUGCAAUUCAAAAAUUUGAUCAUUCUCUCUGCUGCCGUUUCCGCUGAGACCGUUCAGCUCUCCACCAUGUCAUCCAAGGAAGAUGUCAACGGAAAAGGAAUUAGUAGUCUUCAUGAAGGUGCUGGCAUUAACUAUGCUUUCUUAUCUUCAGGCUCCGACACCCUUGACUACGAUGAAUCCACAAAGUUUUUGAGUGUUUCCUACGACACUUAUAGCGAGUAUUUCACUAUUGACAGCGGUUUCGUCGGCGUUUCUGUUUCCCCAGCCCCUGUUGAAGUCACCUUUGAUAAAGACAACAACCUAUUAGUUGAUGGCUCCUCAGAAGGAUUCUACGGCUGUAAGAAUACUAAUGAUCCUUAUGAUAACUCUGAAUCCUCUUAUGAGUUGAUGUACUACUCUGGCAAUUCUACUGCUCCUGAUGGAUGUCUACCUUUGACUGUUGUUAAGGUUAGUGGAGCUGGAAACAAGACUGACACCGGUACAAAAACUACCACUUCCACCGGUACAGAAACCACUUCUUCCACCGUUUCCUGUACCGAGACUAAAUGUCAGCCUCAAACUACUGCUUAUUUAACUACCUUUACCGGGGGAGCUGAAAAGUUCGGUUCUGCAGGCAUCCUUGCUCUUGGUGCAGGUGCUUUUGCUGCUCUUUUGUAA